GACUUUUUAUUGAUUAUUAAUAUCAAAUAAAAUUAAAAUAAAAUAAAAGAGAAUUUAAUCAUGUCUAGAAGGCGUGGAUGGGUAUAGGUUUACUCUUAAUCAGUCACUCACACCCACACCCUCAAGAUCUUCAAAUUGCAUUCAUAUAUCCUGUAUCUACAGCGAAACAGGUAUAUAUCUUAUACGAUAAAGAUAUAUCUUUUGAAAAGAAAUGGAAUAUUGACCAAUUACUUCUACCACUAUUUUUUAUUCUAUUCAUUUGAAUACAAAAUACCUAUAGCAUUAUUUUUCUGUUUACUACUAUUUGAAUAUUAAUAUUCUCCUUUGCUUACAAAUAUUAUAUAGAUUUCUAGAAUGAGCUUAUCGACUGAAAAAAGUAUUUAUUCUAUAAUAUAUAGUGUGCAUCAGAGUUUCAUUUGAUCAUCAUAUCAAGUUUCGAUACAGUAACAAUGAAGAUCUUUUUGUUUAUCGAUGUCCACACCCUUCUCAAAGAAACGUUUCAAUGAUCAUGUAAAAAUAUACAGAUGAAUGAAUUAAUCUAUAUUACUAUGCGUUAGAAAAAGGAAAGAAAGACUGACGACAGAAAAAUUAUUUUGUGCAAUUACAUUAUCGAUCCAUGUGUUUUAACGUUGCGCUUAUUGCGAUGUGAAAGUAUAUAUUUAUUCUUUCAUUUUCAUUUUCCUUUUCUUCAUAACUAACCUAUAUAGGCAUUCGUGACUGUGACUGCUUGUACUUCAAAUGAACGAUUUCAUACAAUCGCUAUUCGUGCUGAUCUACCAAAGAUUGAACAGAGAUAUAAAAUUGAAGAGCCUAAAGAUCUGCCUCAAGAGGAUUAUUGGAUCGGUGGAGUCGUCAAUUAUCUUACCGCAGGCAAAUGGGGAAGUAAUAUUCAACAUGAUCGAUUCAAAGUGCAACAUAUAAUUUCUAAUGGACCAUACACAUCAUCUCCUGGUCGUCAUGCGUUGUUUCAUGCAUAUCUCAAUGCUUACAAUUCACAUGAAGACAUUGUCCUUUCACCUGAUGAUAUCUGGUUAAUGAUUACAAUUUAUUUUGCUAAAUAUGUCAAUAAGAAUACCGAAAAGUUGCGUAGUGUUUUUGUUAAUCACGAAGGAAAGAUCAAAUUAACUAUUAAACAAUACCAAGAAGAACCUGAUUGGAACGCUUUUCUCGAAAGUUUACGUACAGAAAUAGGAAAAAAUGUUAAAAAUGACAUUGUUUCUCUUUUGACGGCCAACUAUUCGACUACGGGCAAAGUCGAAUCAUUGUUGUCCUGUGCCACAAUUAUGAAUACUUUUAAAAAAUAUUUCGACUAUGGGCUUUUUAUGAUAAUGUGUGGCAUUCGAAAAGUACACUUUCUGGGUACGCUCGAUGAUUGGUUACUGCUUCGACAAAAGACGACACAAUUACAAGCUUUUACAACGCCUAACGAUGAGUUUUCAUCCUAUAUUCAAGGUCUUCUACCAGUACUUAAUCAGUUCAUUGAUACUUAUCAGGGCAAAGUGGAUAAUGAAUUUUGGGAUAAAAUCUUUAAUAUUGAACACUUUGGUCUUGGAUCAGGGAGCUGGACAAAACUCACGGGCUGGUUUCUUCAAUUAUGCUAUGGUCUUCAUACGAAAGAAUCGUGCAAUAUUGAUGAGGUUCAAUUAGAUACAGUCGUCACUCUAGUUGAAUUCGAGAGUGAAUAUACAAAUGAGAAGAAGAUGUGUUAUGUAGCAGGUGGAUUUCAUGGUGUUGAAAGCCGAGAUGGAUGGCACAAACCUGUUAUGUCUUUAGCUAUCAUGGAUGAUCUUUCAACAAUCACAAACCGUAUAUAA